UGCGUCUGACUGCACUCACACUUCCACCAGAUCCGAUUGCGGGCCACCCGCGGGCAUGCUCACAGAAGCAGAGCCCGAAGGGGCGAAGGAGGAGGAGGAGGAGGAGGACGAGGAGGGAGGAGUAGAAGAUAGACGAGGCGGAGUAAGACGAAGAGAACGAGGGACAGAAAUAGUUCCUCUCAUGCUCCCCGACAGCCACCAACUGCCAGGGCUCUCCCCCCCAUGGCAAGAGAUCCCCUUCCCAGACGGACCCCCCGGGUGCAAUCGGCACCAGUCGCCCGAAGGCGCGAUUGCCAGCAUCAGCGGGUCCUCCGCGACCUCCCCUCGCCCGGCCAACUGCCGAGCCACCUCGCCGCUGCCAUCGAAGAAGACCUCCGUGCUCGGGCCGAGCUCGACCUUGGCGUCGACCAGGGCCCGAAUCGCGGCUGCCUCCGACGGCGGCGUGCCCGGCCAGAGCAGCACCAGGCGCGGCGUGUACCUCGGGGGGACCGUCGGCGGAGCCGCGGCAUGGAACCUCCUCGUGGCCUCCAGGGCGCUGCCCCCGGCCCCGACGGGGUGCAGCGCGGCGGGGGGCCGCAGCGGCGCCACGACCACCGCGCCGCGGAACCUUCAGAGGUGGGAGACGUCCACGACAGGCACGGCCGCGGGCAGCAGCCGAGGUGGGCCGCCGCCGCGGUAGUCGAAGAGGACCCGCUGCAGCUGCGGCGCCCGCCGGGCGUCCGUGCAGCCGAACAGCCGCUCGAGCCCGAGGGCUCCGGCGCGGCGGAACGUGUAGAGCUUUCCUGAGGAGAGCCAGAGCACGGCACGAGCACACACACACACACACCUUUUGUUUGCACCAUAUCGAGCACUCCAUGCCCCUGGACCCCUUUCAAAGCAGGGUGCAACAGGGGCAUGGAGUGCCCGGAAUGGUGCAACAAGGAGGUUGCAUUUGAGGCGCGUUCUAUUCCUCAUAUGUAGUGCCACCCGUGUUCUGUUGCACGAGCACACACACCUUUGAAGACCCGCCCGGAUCUCUGGGACCCGGCCACCCCCCCCUCCUCCGCCAGGGGGGGGGGCACCAGCGCCGCUUCGGGAAACCCGCGCGGAACGCCGACAAGUGUGUGCUCACGCCGGUUCUGCUGCGAUCUCCGGCGCUCUCGAGGCGCAGCUCGUUGACGGAGGCGACCUCCAGGGCUGCCCCGACGACGGCAGGCUGCCGGCCGCCCCGGAGCUGGACCUCUGCGGGCACGCGCCCGAGGGCGCCGACCACGAGGCCGGCCUCACCGACCAGCGCGCGCCUGGGCGGCGCGCGAACGGGGGGCGGGGUGAGGGGUGUUAGGCUUGGGUCGGGCAUGUCCCCCAACAGGCGGA